ACUGAAGACAUUGAAGAUAUGAUUCCUAAAGGACUGUCUGAAGUUACAAAGCAGCAGAUUCGUUAUCUGCUCCAGAUGAGAACGACAUCAGAUAAAUCCUUGAGGCUUGUGCUUUCCACGUUCAAAAAUUUACGUGAAGAACUUUGCCAUCUGCAGGAUGACUUGGGGAAGUUAGAAACCGACAAUGUCUUACUGAAGAAGGAUCUGGCUUUUAAAGAUUCUCAAGUAAAAGAGUAUGAAACUCUGUUGGCUUCUCUGAGAGAGAGUAACCGUCAGCAGCAGCAAGGACUCGGAGAGAGUGCUGCAAAGUGCCGCUCUCUGGAAGAGCAGCUCCUCUCUCUUCGGCUCAGCGAGGGAGAAAAGGAAUGUCAGCUGAAGGAGCUGGAGUACUGCAAGCGUGCCUUGGAGCAGGAGAUCCAGAAUCUUCGACUACAGACCUGCUCUAAUCCAACACUCCAGACCACCACCGAUGAACUCUCCAGCCGUUAUGUAGAGAUGAUCAAUAACUUGAGAGAGGAUAAAGAUCGCGAGAUCCGCACUCUUAGGUCUCAGUUAUGCCAAUUCCAGCAAGAUAUAUCAAGGAGAGAAGUAAGUAACAGCGACUUGCAAAUGAGGUUGCAGGAACUAACAUCCAUGUUGGAGGAGAAAGAUGCUUUUAUUAAACAACAGCAAGAGGACCUCUUCAGAUUGAAGAAUGAGAAUUUAUCAGGCAGUCAGUCCCCCGGUGUAACAACUGUCAUCACCAAGAAGUACAGGAAUCAGUAUCCUAUUCUGGGUCUCUUGUCUGACGACUACAAGGUUACAUCACCUGUGAAUAAAUCACAAACCAUUGUAAUUGAGAGGACUGGAGAGAUAUGGAGACACGUACUGCCAGCCACAUCUCUGUAUCUGCAGUCACUACUGAACAGCAGUGCUGAUGGCUGGCUGAGCAGUGUGAGCAGUGUGGGAAUGAGAGAAAUCCCCAAGCCAUCAGAGCUGCUCAAAGGAGUUCACGAUGACUAA